GUUUCUGUCUUCAUCUCAGAAGGUCUGGAACCUAUUUUUAGUAAGGCAAAUUACAAAAAGCAGAAACGCGUUAGAUUUUUUUGAAGAAUCGUAAUUAUUCUGAAAAGUUCUAUUCCCGAACUAAGGCGAAAAUGAUCACCACACUGAUGGCACGAACGGCGGUGGUCUCCAUAACGGUCUACAUGACGAACCGCAUGGGAGUUUGGGGCAAGACGGAGGAGACGGACCGCCUGUUGUAUCAGAUAACCACGGGUCUUCAUCCAUUUUUCGGACUUUUGCGUCGUUUUCUACACAUUGAGCCGACUGAUCUGAGUGUGGGCGAACUGGCCCGGGAAUACUACAACCAGGGUGUCAAGGAGACCUUCCAUAUAAUCCGAAACCUACCGAACUACUCGGAAGAUCUGGCCGAUGGGGCCAAGAUCGCCUGUCUCGACUUGGUCGAAAAGGCCAAGGAGUUGCGCCAACAAGAUGUAAGAUGGUGGAAUAUUACCAUGGAUAAUGCUAAGCUGGAGGAUCCAGUUAAACCUACACAUCCUGCUGCCGGAGAUGGACCGUCCCACGAAGUAAUCCUUAUCGAGAGGCCGGGGGAUAUAGAUGGCUUUGCUGGGGAUGGCGAAGUUGCCCUCAAACCAAGGACAAAGUGAGGAAUUUAAUAGCACAAAACAAAGACUAACUUCAUCAUGACUUGUCAUCUGCUAAAUCUUAUUGUUAAAUUUUUGGGUACAGUACUACUAUUUAAAUCAGCUCUUGAAUGUAACUCAUC